GGGUAGCUAAACUUCAGAAGCUAACCUUAGUGGGCAGCAAAUACAGAGAACAAAAUGGUGGGGGUUUUAGGAAUGAACGCCAUCACCAAACAGCUAGCCUUAGCCGAUGUUUUUGCAGAGGACUCUGAAAAUGAGCGAACAUUUUACGGCUUUUCCGACAGUGAAAUCAGCGACCACUGCAACAAGAAAUCAGAUUUGGAAGAUGAAGAUGAAGAUGAAGCUCAGCCUGACCUUUCCUCCAAGAAGCAGGAAGCCACGUCUAAACCGUCUUCUCGAGCCCAAACCUUCAGGCUGAGAGUGGCCCUCCGCUCCACAACCUCCACCCAGCAGUCCACUGAUGAUGAAGAGGAGGAGGAAGAAGAGGAGACAAAGAGAGAUGUGAAGAGGGCAGGGAAGACCAGUCAGGGAAGGAAGAGGAGACAUGUGAGAUUUGAUGAUGAAGACACAGCGGUGGCUCAGUCAUCUCCUUCAAAAGAGCCUGGAUCUGAUUCAGAAGAAAAUGUAUCACUUUCUUUCCUGGCCAAGAGAGAACAGAACAUCAAGGCCAACAAAGCAAUGCUGGCUCAGCUGAUGGCAGACCUGCAGAAGAUGCCUGGAGGCGCGGGGAUGUUGAAAAAACAAGCAGGCAAUCAAAAGGCAAAAGAGAGGAGCUCUCGUCCACCUCGAUCUGGUGCAGCUGGAGAGUCCAGGAGGAACCCAGAGCGAGCGUCUCGCAGACAGACCCGCUCUAUGGGGGGAGUUGAGGAUCUUUCAGCCCCAAAGGAGGAAGAGCUGGAGCUCAGCUUGGAGGAGGAGCUGCUGGAGGUACGCCGAGCCCCACAGCGUCGUGGCACCCCACGACCUAAUCAGUCCAAACCUCAUCAUAUCCGUCCUGUGGAGGAUAUCACAGAGGACGAGAUUCAGCUGGUCGCAGAUAACAUGACCGAUAAAGUCUACAACAGAGUCACAGGCUCCACGUGUCAUCAGUGCCGUCAGAAAACUGUUGACACCAAGACAUGCUGCCGCAGUGAGGACUGUCGAGGGAUUCAGGGUCAGUUCUGCGGGCCGUGUCUGAGGAACAGAUACGGAGAGGAUGUCAAGAAGGCGCUGCUUGAUCCGGAGUGGAAGUGCCCUCGCUGUCGUGGCAUUUGCAACUGCAGCUUUUGUCGCCAGCGUGAGGGCCGCUGUCCGACUGGCAUCCUGUUCCCCCUCGCCCAGUACCACGGCUUCUCUGACGUCCACUCCUACCUCAGCAGCCUCCGUAACAAACUGAAGAAUGAGGAUCAUGAUGUGGAGAUGUGAGCUCAACGCUAGAUGGCGUAUUUGCUCCAAAUGUUUUAGUUCCUGCUUGUUCCAGAUUUUAGUCUGUUUUAAUCAAUCUGUGAUUUUAUAUGAAUAAAGUAUUUUUUAAA